AUGUCUGACGACAAUACCCGCCGCCACUGGCACGGAACUGCCGGCGACCGUCACGAACACCUUAAUGUCUGGAUGAAUGGUGGUGCCAAGGGGCCUAGUGCUCGUGCUGCGUGGGCGAUGCCCCCUGGAACCGAAAAUGCUACUCGAAGGGACUCCACCACCUCCAACUCAUCAAACACCGCCAACAACGCAAAUGGCUCCCCAGCCAUCCCAACUGUAAGCGAGCGCCGCCGCUCCAGCUCCGGCGGCUCUUCUGCCGGCCUCUUUGCCAACCUGCAGUCCCAGAAACGGGACUCCACAGACCCCGAAAUGACCGCCCGCCGCGCAAGCUGGAAUGAGCAAGCUGCAAAGGGCGGCAUGUUUUCAAACUGGUGGAACGGGUACACUCGCGGCAGUGGCAGUGGCGCCAGCAGCGGUAGCAAGUAG